AUGGCUUCUGAAAAGGUUGAGACUGUGAUUGCUGGAAACUACAUUGAAAUGGAAAGAGAAGAAGACAAUUCACGUUCGUCAAAGAGUAGAUUAUCUAAGCUGUUUUGGCAUGGUGGAUCCGUCUAUGAUGCAUGGUUUAGCUGUGCCUCUAACCAGGUUGCACAAGUGCUGCUUACGUUGCCGUAUUCAUUUUCACAACUGGGGAUGUUAUCUGGGAUUAUAUUUCAGCUGUUUUAUGGGUUGAUGGGAAGCUGGACUGCUUAUCUCAUUAGUGUCCUUUAUGUUGAGUACAGAACUAGGAAGGAGAGAGAGAAGGUUGAUUUCAGGAACCAUGUUAUUCAGUGGUUUGAAGUUCUUGAUGGGCUGCUGGGAAAGCACUGGAGGAAUUUAGGCUUAUUUUUCAACUGCACUUUCCUUCUGUUCGGAUCCGUGAUUCAACUAAUUGCUUGUGCAAGCAAUAUUUACUACAUUAACGACAAUCUGGACAAGAGAACGUGGACUUACAUAUUUGGCGCCUGCUGCGCAACAACUGUUUUCAUACCUUCAUUUCAUAAUUAUCGAAUGUGGUCUUUUUUAGGCCUCAUGAUGACCACUUACACUGCUUGGUAUCUCACUGUUGCUUCUCUCCUCCAUGGCCAGGUGGAAGGAGUGAAGCACUCUGGGCCAGCCAAAAUGGUUCUGUAUUUUACCGGAGCUACCAACAUUCUAUACACCUUUGGUGGACAUGCUGUGACAGUGGAGAUAAUGCAUGCGAUGUGGAAGCCACAAAAGUUCAAGCUAAUCUACUUUUUAGCAACACUUUAUGUGUUAACUCUCACACUUCCGUCAGCUUCUGCUGUUUACUGGGCAUUUGGAGACUUACUCCUCACUCACUCCAAUGCCUUCUCCUUGCUCCCAAGGUCUGGUUUUAGAGACACUGCUGUCGUCCUCAUGCUCAUUCACCAGUUCAUAACAUUUGGGUUUGCGUGUACUCCACUUUACUUCGUCUGGGAAAAAUUCAUCGGAGUACACGAGACAAAAAGUGUGUUGAAGAGAGCAGUGGGUAGAUUACCAGUGGUCAUACCCAUUUGGUUCCUGGCUAUCAUUUUCCCAUUCUUCGGUCCUAUAAACUCCACAGUUGGCUCUCUUCUCGUCAGCUUCACCGUCUAUAUAAUCCCUGCUUUGGCUCACAUGGUCACUUUUGCUCCUGCAGCUGCACGAGAGAACGCAGUGGAGCGACCACCGAAAAUGGUUGGAGGAUGGACGGGAUUAUACUCGAUCAACAUAUUUGUGGUGGUAUGGGUGUUUGUGAUUGGAUUUGGGUUUGGAGGAUGGGCGAGCAUGCUGAAUUUCGUUCAUCAAAUUCAUAAUUUUGGCUUAUUCACCAAGUGCUACCAGUGCCCAUCUCACAAGCCUUAAAUAUUAUUGCUCUCUUUCUUUUUUUUUCUUUUUUUUUCAAACAAGUUAAUUAACAGAUUAAGAUACAGUGUUAA